AUGGCAUGCGUUAAGGCGGGCCUACUUAUUUUCUAUCGACGGUAUUUUCACCCCAUUUCGGUGGUUGAAAAGAAGAAAUGGAAAAAUGAAGAUCCAGACAGCAAGAAAGAAAGACAGACAGAAGAUGCAAGGACAGACAACCAAAGGCACAAGGAAACCAAGAACAACGAGGAACACGGGGAAACAAGAAUCACAAACAAGGAUGAGAGUGUUCUGUUGCGUGAACCAGUAUGUUAUUAUCUGCUAUUGGAUAAUAGAAGGUUGGUGUCUUUUGGUCGUUUUGUUAUUGAUGGUAGUGAAGCAACCCUUUUGUUUGAGAUUGCAACUAAUAUUGAAAUGACUACUUUCUUGCCGUCCUCUUCAUCAACAAUCAAGAUAUCAGGAUGUGAACCAGAGAUGGAACAAACUCUCAAGGAUGCACCCAAUAUGCAAGCAAUACAAUUUCUUGAAGUGCACAAGAUACACCAGAGUAUAUUAUUUCAAUAA